AUGAUGGAUGCGUCGAAGCUGGUCCAUCGACGUAACACAGUCUUGACCAGGGAUCCGGUACAGCUGAGCAGCAUCGUCCAGGAGGUGAUGUUGCUUUGCCAAGAGGCCGUGGACAAGCGAGGCGAGCCAGCACUGAAGCCCAGCGUGAAGAUCGUGAAUGCCAUCUCUCAGCCUUUGCCUGUGAUUGAAGCGGACGCCUACAGGUGCACACAGCUGUUCUUCAAUCUGAUCUCCAAUGCUGUCAAGUUCACAAACAAGGGAUCUGUGACCAUAUCUGCGGCUGCUGAUGAUGUGGAGCAGUAUGUUGGCAUAGCUCCAGACUGCCUUGAGCGCAUCUUCCAGCCCUUCGAUCAGGAAGAUCGUUCCGAGCAGCGACACUAUGAAGGCCUUGGUCUUGGGUUGGCAAUCUGUCGGCAGAUUGUGGCAAAGCAUGGGGGAAGUCUUACAGUCACCAGCCACAAAAACAAAGGUUCGACCUUCCGGGUGAAGCUGCCGUACCGGAUGAAGUCUUCCGUGCUCCCGCUUCUGGAUAACAAGGAGCAGUCGGACACGGAGGAUGGUGCCGCUGGUGGUCAGCCGUUGCCCAACUCGCAGCCAUCACCAGCUCCCGAGGCUCCUGAGACCACCUCCGUCGCUGACCCGGAUGACAUUCAGCUGGACUGUCGUACGAACCCCCCCGAGCAGGGCCGGCUGGAUUCGAUAACCUCCGAAAGUGUGGCCUCGAUUGCCUCACGGGCAAGCUUUGGACGUCAAGUCUCUGAAGUCGAGAAGCAGAGGAUGGCCUCCAUCCGAAUGAAGACAGGAAGGACUACGAAAGAAGGCGGUGAGGCCGCUUGGAACAUGCUGGGCGGUCACGACUCGUGGGUUGUACUGUCAGUGGAUGAUGAUAUGGUCAACCAGCAGGUCAUGUCAUCCCUGCUUCGGUCAAGCAAAUACAAGAUAGAGGUGGCCACCCAUGGUGGGGAAGCGCUGAGCUACAUGCGUGAACAUCCGCCGCCAGCUCUCAUUCUCAUGGAAGUCAUGAUGCCAGGACUGUCUGGGACUGACGUGUUGCGAACACUGCGCAAGACGUAUUCUUUGGAAGUGCUGCCCAUCAUCAUGAUUUCAGCGAAGAGCGACAAGGAGACCAUCGCGAGAUGCCUGAAUUUGGGUGCAAACGAUUUCGUGCAGAAACCGUUCAACCUUGCGGAGAUGUUUGCCAGGGUGAAUUUGCAUUGUAGGCUUGCACGCGCCUUCCGCGGUCGCGGUGAAAAGAUGCCGACAGUCGAGCCUCAGGUGGAUGACGAUAUGGUUGUGGAGAAGUCUCUCCUGAAGGAGCUACUUCCAGGGGAGCUUCUACAAGCCAUAUCAUCAGCCGCAUCCUCAACAGCCACCAAGGUGACCCGAGAGGUGGCCCGCAGCCGCGUCGAAGAGUUCCUGAGCAAGCGCGAGUCACCAUCAACAGUCCAUGCUGACCAAGACAUGCAGGCGAAGUUGGUAAAAGCGGAGAAAGAGGCAAAGCAAGCCGUGGGCGUGAUGGACAAGCUUUCUGCGAGCCAGGGUCUGAUGAAGCGCGGGGAAAGCGCCCGCUUGCGGCUCCUGGAAGAGGAGGUGAGAAAGAGGGAGCAGUGCUUGCUCCACUUCGGUCAAUGGCGUGACACCCAGACCACUCUGCCGCCCAGCUGCGUGGGUGAGCAGAUCGUGAAGAACGUCAUCCGCGCUGAGGAGACCCUACUGAUGAAAGAUGUCAACAUCAGCCACAUUCUUGCCUCGCUGCCUGCAGCCGAAGCCGCCGAGCUGCAAGACACCCUCACCCGGCUGCGCGAAGAGACGCUGCUUCUGCUGCAGGAGAGCUCCUGCAAAGAUCAGCUAUUGCUGGAUGCAAACUUCAGACUGCAUAUGCUGGGCAUGACGCUGGUGCAGAAGGACAUACAGCUUGGCCUGAGGUCGUGGGCUUAUGCAGGUAGAUCAUCACGAGUCUUGAGUCUGGCAGCAGACGUUUGCCCAGCAGGAGUCGGACAAAGCCAGGGCACUGGCCCAAAGACGGCGCGAGGCGCAGAGGCCGAGCAAGAAGCCGUGAACACGAGGCAAGGGCUGGAGCAGACCCGGACAGAGCUCAGCGAGACCUCGGUCACGGUGACCUACGACAAAACUCUAGACUGCCUGGUUUGGCCUGGCAAAAGGCACUUCACGCUGAGGCUGGCAGAUUGCCAGCACAGAGUGAGGUGGAAAUUCAAAGACAAUGGCGGCCUGGCCAACGAGUGGGAGCGUUGUUCAGAUGGUGAACAGCCAUCAUACGAAGGCAGCUGGGGCCUUGACGAAGAUGUGGAGCAAGGCCUGCCAGAGAUGGAACCAAUGGAGUUGUCCUGCGACGACUUGGAGUCGCUGGAGCUUGACAAGAGCCAGGUUUCCUUCCAGAUAGUAACUUGCGGCAAGGACCGCUUCAACAAGCACCACAUGCAGGAGCAGGCAAUUGUGUUCGACGUACGCGACUUCCAUGACCCCGGCGCUGGGGAAUUGAAAUUUCACGACGGACGCCAUGAUGAGAUUAUCAGCCGCAUCCUGCGACAUAGCGCUUUUCCAGAGUUGAUGGUCAGCAUGCGCAGACGCAUUGUGGAGCAGCUAUCGCAGAGACAGGCCUCCAUCAAGAUCGUGUUUUACUGCAAGUCAGGACGCCAUCGCUCGGUGGCAUGUGGCACGCUACUGCACUACAUAUUGUUCUCCGAGAACUUUCGCAAGACAAAAUUGGAGCAUGAAGGGAACUACGAUGGCUUCAUGUGCUGCCAUUGCGGCAGGUGCGAGGGCAAGACCGCUAAGCGCAUGCACGUAUGUGAAGAUGCACUGCGUGCCUGGAAGAAGAGGCGAACGAGGCCAUCUUGA